CCCCUCCAGUCCCGUCACAGCGGAGCACAGCAGCGGCACAGGCUACACUGAACAGCGCUAUCGGGAGGACCAGUGAUACAGCAAAACCCACACCACCACCAGGACUCACUGGGAUGGAUUAAAGCUUUUUCACGACGGCGCUUGGAGGCCAUUUGAUACUUUAUGGAACUGUGCAUCGGAUAUAAGGUGGAUGGUUUUGAUUUUCUCUUUAUUUGAAGACAUCGAGCAGUGAAAACAUACAGCAGUCAGUGUUUAGCUGCUAGCCGGUGACUCCUCUAUCCGGCUAGCACCUAAAUUCAGCGCUGACUUACUCAGCAGCUUCUCCGUAACAGUACGAAGGGAUCUUACAAGUUGUCUUUAUGAAACCAUCAACAUGUUAGCGCUUGAUUAAAUCGUUUGAUCGGUUAACACCGGGAAACUUCCCAGGCAUCAGCUGACUUUAGCUUUAGCUGUUCAGCCAUCCGUCACUAGCCUCUGUCGCUUCUGAAGCUAACGCACAACAGCGGGCUGUGCAUGGGAGGCUGAAAUCAGCACCACUGACAAGAUAUUGAAAAGAGUCGCACAACAUUUGCUCCGAUAUUUUAUUUUUGAUUGUGCUGUCCAAACGUAGUUGUGUCAAAACGGCGCCCUCAACGAACUCUAAGUUUACUGCAUACUGUCAGAGACCGACAAACCCCCGGAUCAUCUCCAAAUGCAUCAUCCGGAGCCCGCCGCAGACUCUGGCAGUGGCAGGAAGAUGGCGCAUCAGGCCGUCUUCCAUCGGAGGGGUAGUAACACGGGCAGCGGGAGCGGCACAGUGCUGUCACCACCUGCAAACGCCGUGGUCAAUAAUAGCCACGUCACAGCGGAUGAGUAUCAGCCCGCCCUGUUGAUUCAGUGUCAGCCGCCCGCAGGCUCCUCUUCCCCGGGUCCACACCACCCUCCACCCCAAAGCCUGAACCUGCUCUCCCAGGCCCAGCCCGCCCAGGCCACCGGGGCUCUGACCAAGAAGAAGAGUGGUUUUCAAAUCACGAGCGUGACCCCAGCUCAGGUCUCUGUGAGUACUAACAACAGUAUUGCAGAAGACACAGAAAGUUAUGACGACUUGGAUGAGUCUCACACAGAGGAUCUUUCCUCCUCUGAAAUCCUGGAUGCGUCUCUUUCCCGGGCCAAUGAUGUUGUCGGAGCUGAGAGGAGUUCCUCUGAGGAGACUCUGAAUAACUUCCAUGAAGCAGACACCCCAGGAGCUGUAUCCCCGAACCAACCGGCCCACCCCCACUCCUUGCUCCAAACUUCGGCACACAGUGGAGCCAUGGUAAAUGGGACCGUACAUCACCACCACCAUCAUCACCAUCAUCAUCAACAACACCAUCCUAACCAAACCCAGGCCUAUGCUGGGAAUCCCCCAGCUGCUGGAGCUUUACCCAACGUCACCCUGAAAAUGCCUUCAAAUGUGGGGCCUGCUCAGGAGAGUGUUUCCCAGGCUGCCCCUCCAGGUGUGGGGGUUGCGGCCCCAGGAAGUGUGGCUGGAAUGCAGAGCUCUGCUGUGGGCACUGCAGUUAGCAUAGUUAAUCCCCAGAGCAGCAGUGUUAGUAAUGUGAAUAUGUUGAGCUCUGCCAAUGUGCCUGUGAGAGGAGGAAUUAGCACAAGCGCUAGCAGUAGCACGUCUGGUUUUCCUCUCAAUGUGAUAAGCAGCAGUGGGGGCAGUGGAGGUAACCUUACAACUAGUACUCAUGCCACCAUUAUUCAACAACAAACCAACCAAAACUCCAACAUAACAAUGACUCCUUCGAGUUCUGCUGCUGCAACCAGUGCCUCAGGAGGGAUUGGGACCAGAGCUGCUGCUGUGCCCCCUGUCAGUACCCCCCACACUGCUGCACCCCAACAAUCAGCCCCAGCCACCCACCCUGCCCCGGCCGUGGGCACCACCAGCUCUCGCUUCAGGGUGGUGAAGCUGGACUCCAGCUCAGAGCCCUUUAGGAAGGGCAGAUGGACUUGUACAGAGUUUUAUGAUAAGGAAACCCCUGCCUCUGCACCCAGCUCCUCUGCCUCUGACAGCAGCUCAGUUGGUGUGCGUCAGUAUGUGACCGAGAGCUUUGCUGGCCCCUCAGAUCGUGAGACCACCAGUGGCAGUUCUGUUAGCAGCAGUGUGAGCACUUUGAGCCAUUACACUGACAGUGUGUGCAGUGGGGAAUCCACACAGCACCCCCAGGACUAUGCCUCGCUCCCUGCGGGUUUUCAGCCUGUCGCCCCUGCAGCUGUGAACCACAUGUAUGCCCAGGACCCUCUGUCCCAGGUGAAGACCAGUGUGGCCCAGACGAACGUCCACCUCCCUACGUCUAUGACCGGACUCCAGUCCCAACAACUCACCUACGCUCAGGCAGUGGCAAGUCAGCCCACCGGCCCUGGCCCUGUCCCAGUUCAACCACAGAAAGUGAAUUACCCUGUCCCACAGCAGGCCACCCCAGGGCAGGGGAGACCUGAGUACACCCAACCUAUCUCUAAUGUGGUGGGUUCAGGUAACAGUCAGAUAGUGGGUGCUCCUCAGCCCACUCCCCUCCAGGCCCCUUCAGUGCCCACUCAUGUCGGGCAGUCUCACCUGGACGGCCCACAGCAGAAGCCACAGUCUCUUCCAACACAGAUCCAGACACCGAGCAUGGGCCCACUGUCAGCCACAAGUGUUCCUCCCCACAACCAUAAGAAUGACCCCCAAACUGCUGCUCUGACAGUCAGUGCCGGGGGGAGGCUUACCCAGGAUCCCAGCAUCGCCCAAGCUGCCCUAUAUGCUAGCCUGCCGUCCUUUACAACCACCCAGCUCCAGGAUGCCCAGAGACUCCUUCUCCAACACCAGUCUGCUCUGCUGGGACUGCCCAAGGUCCCAGGGACAGAGGCAGGGGGCGCUACUGCGGGACAAGAGGCUGAGGGCAACGCUGCUGCCAGUGCCUUAACAUCUGCCACCAAGACCGUAGAUGGAGAAGAGGAAGGUUCAUCUGGAGCCAGCGUUGUGGCCAUAGACAACAAGAUUGAACAAGCAAUGGACCUGGUGAAGAGCCAUCUGAUGUACGCUGUCCGUGAGGAAGUGGAGGUGCUGAAGGAGCAGAUUAAAGAGCUGAUCGAACGAAACUCACAACUGGAGCAGGAGAACACGCUGCUCAAGACCCUGGCCAGUCCGGAGCAGAUGGCCCAGUUUCAGGCCCAAGUUCAGAGCGGCUCGCCUCCACCCGCAGCCACCGCCACUGUCCCGGGACCACCCAUCCUCACGCAGCCUGCCUCUCACUCCUCUGGCCCCUCUGCGUAGCAUGGGCACAGACUCAUAGACUUUUUUUGUUUUGUUUUGCGCUCAAUACAGAGUCGCCCCUUGCCUAUAACAGCAUGAGUUUUUGUUUUGCUGUUAUGACAAGAUUUUUGCACAUAUUUAUCUCAGAGGGGAGGUGACCGGCAGCAGUAGAGGUGACAAUCUUGAAUGCUGUAUCACGAUUGGGGUGAUUGAAUUCCUGAGGAGAAUAAACCUGAACAUUUUGCCAAAAAAUACAAAAAAAUAAACUACACGGACAUAUCAGCUCGAAUGUCUUACCAACAUUAGUGACAACUUUAGGAAUUCACUGUGCCUGCGUCUGGAUUUUAAGAGAUGUCGAUUUUACUGAGAAAGUAGAGGAGAUAUAGGAUUGUAAUGGUUAACAGCUUGCUCCAUGAUGUAAAUACAACACUCUUUGGGCUAUUGUUACAGAAAAGGAGAAAAAUCAGCCUUGUUAUAGUGACAUAUAUUGAUGAAUGUGAUAGCGACACAAGAUCCCAUCUGGAAUGGGGUAGAAAAGCAAUGUUUUUCGGGGAGGACACUUUGAACAACACUAUACUGGCAACAUUGACGAUGUUACUUAAAACUAUAUUGGGUUGGUGGGAGGAACAAAAAUGUUUCUUACUGAGAUGACGAUCUAUAUUUUCAGUAUUUGACUUUCUCAUUUGCCCUGCGACAAAAAGCUCAACGUUGCUGUUAUCUCAACCUUGAAUUAAGUGGCAUGUCAUUUGAAACUGUAUUGGUCAAGGUUGAGAGAGAUAUUGGGCUUUACGCUGCAUAUUUUUUGUUUAAUUUUUACGAAAAGAGUGAUGGAAAGGAGGAUAAUGUAUAUUUCUGUACAGUGUAAGUACAUUGUAAUAUAGUGAGGAGGGGGAGAAACAACAAAUGAUAUUUAGGUCACGCAGAUAUGAGCGGGAACAUGGUCCAACUCAGUCUGUGUCUAUUUUUAAUGCUGAAUCUUCAGGACUGUCGAUCUAAAAGGACUAGGAUAUUUAAACUGCAGAUAUCUCACUACUGCAACAUUUCCACUUUUACCGAUGUAAUGCACCUUUUGUUUUUCUUUGACAGUGAAUUCUGGAUGAACCAUAACUGAAAAGAUACAAUUUUUUUUUUCUCUUUUUUUUGAUGUUAUCAGUUGUAUGCUCACGUUCUGUGCAUGUCUCUGCUAAACCCGGAUGAAGAAACUGUAACGUUCAAGCCACAAAUGCACUUGACAGCUGCACUUCAAAACUUUCAAUAAACGUGCUUCAAGAAGAAUAAUCA